AUGGCCAGCAAGCUGUCCCAAUUCGGCAAGAAACUUCUGCGUCGCCGCGUCCUGGACUUCUCCGGGGAGGAGACGCGCUUCGCCCGCUGCCUGUCCACGUUGGACCUCAUCGCCUUGGGAGUGGGCUCCACCCUGGGCGCGGGCGUUUACGUGCUCGCCGGCGAGGUUGCCCGGGAGAAGGCCGGGCCCGCUAUUGUCCUUUGCUUCCUCAUAGCCGCGCUGUCCUCUAUGUUGGCGGGCCUGUGCUAUGCCGAGUUUGGAGCCCGUGUCCCCAAAACGGGCUCUGCGUACCUCUACAGCUACGUGACUGUGGGUGAGAUCUGGGCCUUCAUAACGGGGUGGAACCUCAUCCUUUCAUAUGUGAUUGGCACUGCAAGUGUUGCCCGUGCAUGGAGCUCAACGUUUGACAACCUCGUGGAGCAGAAGAUCUCAGUCUUCUUCAAAGCCUCCAUGACAAUGAAGGUCCCUGGAAAAGUGUUGGCUGAGUAUCCUGACCUCUUCGCACUCAUCCUCGUGCUCCUGCUCACUGGACUGCUGGCGUUUGGCGUCAGCGAGUCGGCGCUGGUCAAUAAGAUCUUCACUGGAAUCAACCUGGUGGUCCUGGGCUUUGUUAUCAUCUCUGGUUUUGUGAAGGGGGACACGAGCAAUUGGAACCUCACGCGGGACAACUACACUAGUUUUCUGAACAACAGCAACAGUAGCAAAAUUGAGGAAGAAUUUGGAACCGGUGGCUUCGCUCCUUUCGGCCUCGCCGGCGUCCUAUCUGGUGCCGCCACCUGCUUCUACGCUUUUGUGGGCUUCGAUUGCAUCGCCACCACAAGCGAGGAGGCCAAAAAUCCAAUGCGUUCCAUCCCCAUCGGUAUCGUGGCCUCGCUGCUCAUCUGCUUCUUCGCCUACUUCGGCGUGUCCGCUGCGCUAACCCUGAUGAUGCCCUACUACCAGCUAAACACUCAAAGCCCGUUGCCCGAGGCCUUCACCCACGUUGGGUGGGCGCCGGCACGCUACAUUGUGGCAGUGGGCUCCCUCUGCGCUCUAUCUACCAGCUUGCUAGGUUCCAUGUUCCCUAUGCCCCGGGUCAUUUAUGCCAUGGCAGAGGAUGGGCUAUUGUUCCGUUCGCUGUCCAAGAUGAAUACUCGCACCAAGACGCCUCUGCUGGCCACCAUUGUUUCUGGCAUUGUCGCAGCUUUGAUGGCCUUCCUGUUUGACCUCGGCGCUCUGGUCGACCUCAUGUCCAUCGGUACACUGUUGGCGUAUUCGCUGGUAGCCAUCUGCGUCCUAAUUCUCAGGUACCAGCCCAGUACGCUGCCCUCAUCCAGCCAGACAGAGAAGCUGGUGGAGCUAGUGGAAGGCGAGAAGGUGGCCAUGGGCGGCGGAGACAGUGGCGACGAGUACACAGAAAGCGAGGAGAGGCCCCUCAAGGAGGCGUUCACCUUCAAACUGCUCUGGUUCCCCAGCUCAAAGACGCCCACCACAACCUCAGGGAACAUUGUUUACGUGACCACCGCCGUCAUCUCUAUCCUCAUCACCAUUCUGUGCAUCAUCCUUGCCAAUUCUCUGCCGGAGGUGCUGGCCGGUCACUCAGCCGCAGUGGCGUCUUGUAUUAUUUUGGCCCUGCUGUGCGCCGCCUGCCUUAUCGUCAUCUGCAGGCAGCCCGAGAGCAAAGAUGUGCUGACCUUCAAGGUUCCUUUGCUUCCUUGGUUGCCUCUCUUCAGUGUCUUUGUCAACAUCUACCUCAUGAUGCAGCUGGAUCAGGGCACGUGGUAUCGCUUCACUGUUUGGAUGGUCAUUGGUUUCGCUAUCUACUUCUUCUACGGCAUGAAGAACAGCAGCGCUAACCGCUCGUCCCCACGUAAAUACGAGCCGGCUCUGCAGUCCAAGAGCCCUAUUUACAAAGGCGCCCCUGAUGACAGCGACAUGGAGGGGGGCGACAACCCCUGA